AGAAGCAAGGACAAUUGAAAAGAAAAGACUCUCAGAGGUAUCAUAUCCCUCUCUCUUUUCUUCCCUUUUCGAACUUUUGUUUCCAGGAACAGAAGCUUGAGAUCCUUCUUAUCUUCCUUUCGUGCUACGGAAGGUUGUAUGAGAAGAUUCUCUCGCGCCAGCGCAAGCCGCCAACCUGGAUUUUGAAGCUCGAGUCCCCGUGCCUUUUAGCAUCUUCCCGUCCACUUACAAGGACAACGAAGCAGGCCGCCCUCAACCUCAACCCCAAAGCUCUACCAGUCUUGAACUAGUUCAAGUCCGCAAGCCUCGACACUCUCACCACCACCACCACCACUCCGAGAAAUCUAAGGGUACCGACUUCACCGUUGAAGAACGUACCACUGUUUCUCGUCCCAACUUCCGUGAGGAAAUCAAGAUCACUGAGGAAAUUCGCGAGUCUUCUCCUGAACAAUCAGCCAAGAUGGGUUACUACGAUGAUGAGGGCUCCUACCACUCUGUCCGCCAAGGCGUGGCCAAGGCCGUAGACAAGCUCCUCCCCCAUCACCAUCAUCACCACCACCACCAUCACAACAAUAACAAAAAUAAUAACACCACUACUGUCACAGAGCAAAUUGAUAUUGUUGAUGUCCACCACGAUGCUAAUACGUCUCACCGUCCAGCCGCCCCUGCCGCCGAGCAGCAGCCUAACACUGUCUCCAUCCCCUGCCACCACAUCCGCCUGGGUGACUUCUUGAUGCUGCAGGGCCGUCCUUGCCAGGUCAUCCGCAUCUCGACCUCGUCUGCCACUGGCCAGUACCGCUACCUCGGUGUUGACCUCUUCACCAAGCAGCUGCACGAGGAGUCUUCCUUCAUUGCCAACCCUGCUCCCAGCGUUGUUGUCCAGACCAUGCUCGGCCCCGUCUUCAAGCAGUACCGUGUCCUCGACAUGGCUGACGGCUACGUCACCGCCAUGACCGAGACUGGUGAUGUCAAGCAGGGCCUGACCGUCAUUGACCAGUCCAACCUGUGGUCUCGUCUCCAGCAGGCUUUCGAGUCUGGCCGCGGCAGCGUCCGUGUCCUCGUUCUCAACGAUGGCGGCCGUGAGCUCGCUGUUGAGAUGAGAGUCAUCCACGGCUCCCGCUUGUAAGAACGCCAUCUCUUGUCUCUGACGGGAAGGCUGUUCUAUCCAUCCUGUGGAUAUUCCAGGCUCGCUUUCUGGUCUGAAUAAUGUGAAAAAUACCCCAUGGGCUUGGAAAGUGAGAGGGUGUUGUUGGGAACGACGGCUUUGCUAAUUUUACUUGGAUUGGGUUGGGAUGUUCUUUGGAUAUGAGGCAGAGUGCCCAGUAGAUAGGAUCUACCCU